CCUUUCUUACUACAGUACAUAUUUCACUUUUGGAUUCCCUUCCCAUCCUGAUAUCCUGCCUCCCUUCCUGGUCACCCCAUCUCAGCUGUUUCCUGCUGAGGUUCCUGGUGCAUUGAUCCAUUUUCGGUUUUCCAUAACUUAUUCCAACUUUAAAUUCCGUUUCUGUGCUUCAGUAGCCUCUUAGCUCUGUGCCAGCACGCCUUCUUCCUGGGAAAUCACGUGCUGGAGAAAGAGAUGCGAUUUUGGGAUUCUUUAAACAAAGUUUGUUUGGGAAGGAACAUCCCAAGUGUGUGAGUGCCUCUCUGGAAUUUGGUGUCAGUUUUGUAACUCCUGUGUCAGUUCUCCAACUCUGUCAGUUCUGUAAUUCCCAUGCUUGUGUUCAUUUGCUGCUGCAGUUCCAAGGAGCUCUGGGGUCACCCUCCCUUUCCACGGGCACUCUCAGGCCAGGGAUGUUCUUCUGAAGGUUUCCAGCUGGUGCUUUCCAUGGAUUUGCAGCUUAGCCUCCCCUGUCCGAGCAGCAUUUUUGGGAGUGCCUGGUGCUGGGAGGGCUCAGCUCAGCCCUUGGGCUCCCAGCACAUCCAAACUCCCCUCGGUCCUGGGCACAGCUCAGGGCAGAGCUCCAGGAGAAGCAGCCCUGGAGAGCUGGGAAAAGGUGCCCACGUUCAGGGAAGACACAAAACCCCUCUCCAAGGAUGUUCCCAUCCAAGGCUUUUCCUUCUGUUUCCUGGAUUUAAUUGCUCCUUCCACACAAUCCCCUGCUGUGCUCCCUGGAUCAUCCCCACGCUGAGUCCUGCUGGGGCAGAGGCUCAGGGAUGCCUUUUCCCAGGGGAUUUCCUGGGCACAGAGAGGUGUGAGGUACAGAAUUCCUGCUCUCCCAGCAUGAGGAGCACUGGGAAACCCAAACCUUGGUGUUCUGGCCUCAUGCCUCAUAGCCUGGUGUUCUUCCCGUGGAUGUGGCAUCCGUGGGAGGCACAGGCAGGAAAAUCCCGAGGAUUUGGGUCCUGUGCCUGGCACAGACAGGUAAAUAUUGCUUUUGGGGUCUUCCAGAAGCGGGUGUGCAGACUGCUGGACACCAUCCCACGGGAGGCUGCUGCCCAGCUGGUGGACUGUGCCAUGGAUGUGGAUUCCAGGCAGAAACUCCUCCCUGACUCUGCUCCCUGGGCUGCAAAGACAAAGCAGAAUUCCGUGAUUUUGGAAAAUCAUGGGAGCAAAGGCAUUUCCCAGCCCUGCCCGAGAUGUGUUGCUGGAGAAUCUGGCCACUUCAGUCACAUCCUGGGCUUCUAGGAAAGGACAGGGGCCAGAGGAGCAGCUCUGAUUUCCUGCUGGGAUGCCCAGAUUGCAGCUGGAUCCUGGGUGCUGCCCUGCCCUGCCUGCCUCAGCACCCCCACCCUGCCCUGCUGCCACUCUGGGCACAAUUCUGCACCUGCCCAAAAUGCUCCUGCUGCUCAGGUAGCUCAGAAUUGGUCUGAAAAGGACAAGGAAAAGCUGAUUUCCUGUUUAGGUAGCUCAGAAUUUGUUCAUAAAGAAAAGGCUGAUUUCAUGUUUAGCUCAGAAUUUGUUCAUAAAGGACAAGAAAAAGGCAGAUUUUGUGUUUAGGUAGCUCAGAAUUUGUUUUAAAAGGACAAGAAAAGGCUGAUUUCAUGUUUAGCUCAGAAUUUGUCUAAAAAAGACAAGAAAAUCAGAUUUCAUGUUUAGGUAGCUCAGAAUUUGUUCAUAAAGGACAAGAAAAGGCUGAUUUAAUAUUUAGCUCAGAAAUUUCUCUAAAAAAGACAAGAAAAGGCAGAUUUACAGUUUAGCUCAGAAUUUGUUUUAAAUGGACAAGGAAAGGCUGAUUUCCUGUUUAGGUAGCUCAGAAUUUGAUCAUAAAGAACAAGAAAAAGGCAGAUUUAGUGUUUAGGUAGCUCAGAAUUUGUCUAAAAAAGACAAGAAAAGGCUGAUUUCAUGUUUAGGUAGCUCAGAAUUUGUCUAAAAAAGACAAGAAAAGGCUGAUUUCAUGUUUAGGUAGCUCAGAAUUUGUUCAUAAAGGACAAGAAAAGGCUGAUUUAAUAUUUAGCUCAGAAUUGGUCCAAAAAUGACAAGGAAAGGCUGAUUUCAUGUUUAGGUAACUCAGAAUUUGUUCAUAAAGGACAAGAAAAUGCUGAUUUAAUGUUUAGCUCAGAAUUUGUCUAAAAAGGAAAAGAAAAAGGUAGAUUUCAUGUUUAGCUCAGAAUUGGUCUAAAAAUGACAAGAAAAGGCUGAUUUCAUGUUUAGGUAGCUCAGAAUGGGUCUAAAAAGGACAAGAAAAGACUGAUUUAAUAUUUAGCUCAGAAUUGGUCUAAAAAAGACAAGAAAAUCAGAUUUCUUGUUUAGGUAGCUCAGAAUUUGUUCAUACAGAACAAGAAAAGGCUGAUUUCAUGUUUAGCUCAGAAUUUGUUCAUAAAGGACAAGAAAAGACUGAUUUACAGUUUAGCUCAGAAUUUGUCUAAAAAGGAAAAGAAAAAGGCAGAUUUCAUGUUUAGCUCAGAAUUUGUUUUAAAUGGACAAGAAAAGGCUGAUUUAAUUUUUAGCUCAGAAUUUGUCUAAAAAGGACAAGAAAAGGCUGAUUUAAUGUUUAGGUAGCUCAGAAUUGAUCUAAAAAGGACAAGGAAAGGCUGAUUUCAUGUUUAGGUAGCUCAGAAUUGAUCUAAAAAGGACAAGGAAAGGCUGAUUUCAUGUUUAGGUAGCUCAGAAUUUGUUCAUAAAGGACAAGGAAAGGCAGAUUUAGUGUUUAGGUGGCUCAGAAUUGAUCUAAAAAGGACAAGGAAAGGCAGAUUUUGGUGUUUUAGGCUGGUUGAGUUGAGCUGGCCUUGGGCCCAGGCUUCACCUGGGACUGGGCCAGGUGCUGUGGUGAUUCCAAAGGUUUUCCCAACAGCCCUGACCCCCUUGGAAAAUGCUCCUGUGGAAAAUCCUCCUUGGGCAGGGCCACGGGCAGGAGUGGGAGGACACAAAUUUUAGUUCUUGAGUGGCUUUGCAGCUGUGAAGUCCAGGAAAAAUCCCAUUGAAGCUUACAUUUAAAUCUCAAAAAAAAAAAAUCUGUUUAAAAAGGCUUGACCUCAUCACCCAGCGGGCUUUUAUUGGCACAGAUCUAAUGACAGGUUAAUUAACCUCUGAAAGGUUAAUUUUGGGGGUUAUCAGGCUGCAAAAUCCUCAGGCAAAGGUGUUCUGCAGUCCUUGAAUCCUUCCCAUGUGGUGUGUGGAGUUGGAGUCAGCACUGAGUUGAGAUAUUCUCAUUAAAUAAAUAAAUACCACAUAAAUACUGAGUUUAAUUAAGUAAUACAUGAGGAAAUAAGUCUGAAAGCAGACCUACACUUAAUUGACAUUCAGAUUUUGGUUUAAAAAAUGAAGUUUCCUCCAAGCCAAUAAAAAUUUUUAGUUAAAUUAAGAAUGAAUACUUUCAAGUUAGUAUUUACAUACUUGAUACCAAGAUCUGGGGUGUCAGAAUUUGUGGGGAAUUCAUUUUUACAUCCCCAAUCCUUGUCUUUUAAAAAUCCUGGUAAUCAAAGCAGUAUUUUUUUUUAAAAAGGUGGAUAAACAGCAGUUCUGUGCUGCAAAAUCUGAAAUAUCUGAUGUAAAUGUAAUGGUUUUGUUCCUGCAAAAUCACUCAAAACCUCAAGUGUGACAAGUAAUGAUUGGACUGGUCAAAAUUUGGUCAAAUAUAGUCAAAAUUUUGGGUGUUCAAAGAGGGGAAUACCAAAACUGGACUCAGACUGUGAUGGAGGAGUUUUCUGCCAGAAUACAUCAGGCAAAAGUAUGGGAUCAAGUCUAAAACACAGGGAAAACAUGGAUUAUCAAAACAAAGUGGUUUUUUUUUCCUUAAACAACUCCCAUUUUAUCGUGUUCAAGAGUUCACAGUUACCUGUGUCAGCAUUUCCUCUGUUUGCUUUCAACCUGGAUCUGCUCUGGGGUAAAACCAAGAACCAGCUGGUUCCUUCCUGGUUUUCCUUCUGCUCCUGGUGGGGUUUGUGGCACAUCCUUUUAAAUUCUCCUGCUUUUCCAGCAGCCAUUGCAUUUGGUUUGAGUGUCGUGGUGAAUCCCAGGGCUGGUCCCAGUUGGUGGCUGCAGCAGAACUUUAAUGAGAAUUUUUUUUGGGAACUUUUGGGUUUUUUUUGUUUUUUUUUUUAACCAAAAUCUGAAUGCCAGUGCAGUGCAGGUCUGCUUUUAGACUUAUUUCCUCAUGUAUUACUUGAGUAAGCUCAGGUUUGACGUGAUCCUGAUUUAAUUAAUGAGAAUUUCCCAUUGUCCCUGGCACGGAGCAGGGGUUGCAUCCAGGGCAUUCCUGAGCUCCACAGCUGAGCCAGCCAGGAAAUCCUGAUCCUGCUUUUGGCCCUGGGAGCUGCUCUGGGGUGAGCAGGGACGUCCUUCCCCCUGUCCCAAAUGCCAUGUGCAGCUCAGGCUGGCAGGGAAUUUGGGAAUUCAUUCCUGCAGGUGUUUUCCACACUGCCCCUGAGGGGAGAGAUCCCAAGCAGGGAUUCUCCAGGAACACAGCGGAGGGGAAAGCAGAGCAGGUCAAUCCUGACAUUUAAAUAAAUAAAUAAAAUGUAUUCUCCUCCUCAUGCCAUCUGUGCUGGGGAAUGAGCCCCAAAAAGGGCACCAGGCAGUGGGAAGGUAACUGCUCUCAUUUCCAGCUGCCCCAGACUCCACUUCCUUGCAGAAUUCCAGCCUGCUUUGGGCUGGAAAGGACCUCAAAGCCCACCCAGCUCCACCUGGGACACCUCCCACUGUCCCAGGUGCUCCCAGCCCCAGUGUCCAGCCUGGCCUUGGGAUGCAGGGGCAGCCCCAGCUGCUCUGUGCCAGGGCCUGCCCAGCCUGGGGCUGCACAAAUUCACAUUUCAGCUCCAUGCCGUGGGAAUUGUCCCCACGUGGAGCCCCUGGAGUUCACAUCCAGCUGUUCCCGUGGCACAGCAGCUCCCUGAAUAAAACCAGCUCCUCUCACACCCCUCAUUAUCCCUGAUUUUUUUUCCCAAAUUGGAAGGCAGAAGCUCCUGGGUCAAUUCCAAGGUGAGCUUUUCCUCUCGGAUGUGAUUCCUUGCUCCGUGUUUUCCAACAGGGCAAGGAGUGCUUUUUUAAAUCAGUCUGGCUGGAAACAAGUUGGAGUUUAAUUGUCUGCUCCACUGAAGGCUUUUAACAGUGAUAUCUUUUUGAUAGAUGUGUUUGUAAUUUAUUUUGGGAUUUUCCAGGAUCAUGAAGCUGGCACAGGCUGGGGCAGUGAAUGUUCCUUUAAAGCAGAUUUGUGUCAAAUCUGCAGUGGAACCACAGAGUUAUUUUUGUACGCCUUGUAGAACUCUGAAGUUUUGUUUUCUUGAUGAAAAAAAUGUAUAAACUUUCUAUUUCCUACUGCUGUGGUUUGUACACAGAAUAACCAGAGUGAUGCUUUAUUUACUUGUAUAUAGAGAGAAAGGCCCCUGGCCUGUUUUUAAUUCAGGUUUAAAGGAUCUAAUUCUUAUUUUUAACUUUGUAUUUUGUAAAUUGUUCCUUACAAAAGCAGAAGCAUUAAACACCACUUUGGCUGCAGCAUGGAA